UCAGAAUGCCCUAAAGCCCGAAAGCCCUGACCCUAAUCCCCUCGCACCUCCCAAACCCUAAACUCGCCUGUCACUUCCACCGGCAAGAUUUUUUUUGUCACUGAUAGCUGUAAUAAUUUAAGGAAAGCCCCAAAAUUUUGCGAAAAUGGGAAAAACUAAAGAGAAGAAUGGUAGUAUGAAGCUGUUUGAUGAUGACAGUAAUGUGUUGGAUGAUGACGUUUCGAAGAUUGAGAUUAAUCGAGAAUUUGCCCGUCAAUAUGAGCACAAUAAGAAGAGGGAAGACUUGCAGAGAAUCCAGGAGCUGGAAAAGAAAGGGGUCAUCAAUUUUAGUGAUAAUGAUUCAGAAGAGUCUUCGUCGGAAGAAGAAGAGGAUGUACUUAGACCAAGUAAGAAAGAGGAUUUGGAAUUUUUUGAUGCUUUGAUUAAGGUGAAAAGAAAAGAUCCUUUGUUAAACAGUAAAGAUGCAAAGUUGUUCAUUUCUGAUUCUGAGUCAAUGUCGAAGGAUGAAAAUGAUAAUAAGAAUGAGAACUCAAAGCACGAUAAUAACAAUAAUGAUGGUAGAAAGGGGAAGAAACCCAUGUACUUGAAAGAUGUUGUUUCAAAGCAUUUAAUUGAAGAGGGUCCGGAAUUUGAUGAUGAAGAUGAAAAUGUGAAUAAUAGGAAUAAUGAUGGUAAUCUGAAAGUAAAGAGUUUUGCGGAAGAACAAGAGGAGUUGAGGAGGGAGAUUUUAAAGGAGUUUGAGGUAGCUGCGAAUGUUGAUGAGGAGGAAGGGGAUUUUUUGAGAGAAAAAAAUGGCGACGGUAAAGAGGAGGAGGAUGACGGUGAAAUUGGGAAAAAGCUGGAUGAUUAUUUUGGGGAGGAUGAACAGUUAGAUGAGGACACGAGAUUUUUAAAACAUUAUUUUCGGAAUAAUAUGUGGCUUGAUGAUAGUAAAAAUAUUAAUAUCGUGGAUAAGGAUGUUGGUUUUUCUGAGGAUGAGGAAGAGAUAGAAAAGCAAGAGGAUUUUGAGAGGGGGUACAAUUUUAGGUUUGAGGAGAAUGCAGGGGAUAGAGUGAUGGGUCAUUCAAGAAAAGUGGAGGGUUCGGUGAGAAAGAAAGAGAAUGCUAGAAAGUUGCAGAGGGAUAGGAAGGAAGAGAGAAAGUUGCAGGCUGAGUUUGAGCGGAAUGAGGAAUUGAAGCAUUUGAAGAACUUGAAGAAAAAGGAGAUUAAAGAGAAAUUGCAAAAGAUUAGAGAGGCUGCUGGAAUUGGAGAGGAUGGCACUUGUUUAUUGGACGAGGAUGAUUUGGAGGAAGAAUUUGAUCCUGAGGAGUAUGACAGGAAGAUGAAGGAAGCAUUUGAUAAUAAGUAUUAUGACACAGAGGAUGUGAAUCCAGAGUUUGGGAAUGAUAGCGACGAUGAUGCAGCUGAGUAUGAGAAACCUGAUUUUGAUGAGGAAGAUAGAUUGCUUGGUCUUCCAAAUGGUUGGAAUGAGGAGAAUGAAACUGGAGAUGGGUUCUUGUCAGCCAGGCAAAGAAUUUUGAAAAGCAAGGUAGAUGGGGAAUAUGAAAGUGAGCUUGUAGAAGAUGAAGAAAACCCUAAAGUGGGUAAGCGGAAGAGAGAGAGGAAGCCUAGCGAAGUGGAGAAUGCAAUUAGAGAGCAAUUGAUGGAGGAGUAUUAUAAGUUGGAUUAUGAGGAUACAAUAGGAGACUUGAAAACGAGGUUCAAGUACAAACCUGUCAAGUCCAAAAGAUUUGGACUGAGCACCGAGGAGAUUUUGAUGCUGGAUGACAAGGAGUUGAAUCAGUAUGUCUCUUUGAAGAAGUUGGCUCCUUACAGGGAGAAGGAAUGGAAGGUACCUCGUAUUAGAACAUACCAGCAAAAACUUAGGAACAAGGCGCUUCUUGAAGGAGAGACAUCAAAUGCUAAAAAUAAAGAUAAUAACAAGACACGACUCAAUGGUCUGGAAAAACCAAAAGUGGUUAGUGCGGCAGAAAAUGAGAAAUCACAAAUAGAAGAAUCAAAUGGUGAAGCAACAAAUCUGUCCAGACGAAGUAAGAGAAGACGUCGUCAAUCAGAACUCAAACUAUCUCGUUCGAGGCUUAUGGCAUAUGGUAAAAUCCAUUCCAAACCUAAGAGUAAGAUGCUCUAGAGCAGAGAAUGAUCAAAAUUUUGCCAAUCAAAGGAUGUGAGAUUUCUUACAUAGUUCAUCACCUGUGCCAAAUAUUAUCAUCAAGAGGAGCAAGGCAAAACAUUUGAUUCGCUAGAAAGGCUUACGAGAUCACUAACUGCAAAAGAUUUUUGUUUAAUGCUUUCGACCCAACACUGGAGGAUCUUGAAGUAGAAAAUCCAUACGAGACCUACAAUCGCAAUUUUGUUCAAAACUGAAGUAAUGACUAUGUUUUAUUUAUUUUUAUCAUCUCUUUUGAAAUUUUUUGUGUUGUGAAACCCAUCAGAUUUGGCAUAUAAGAGUCGUAAAAUUUUAGAAUCGAUAAUUUACAUGAUUUAUUGAUCCCGGUAAGUAUUGUGUGUGUGAUUUUCUGUUCUAGGUGAUAAAUGUGCCUUACUUUUUGCUGGUCUAUAGUCCAUUGUAAAACUCAGUUGGAUAUUAGCCUUUCAAUCUCAUUCUUUCAGCUUCAUCUUA